AUGUCUUUCUUAACAGAUACUAUUGUCGUAACAAUUUCUCAAAUCGCGUUUUUACUUGGUGGUUGGGUAUUUUUUGUUAGUCAACUUGGUCAAACUUAUGGUGUUAGAAAUGGAUUUGUUAUACUUUCAUUUGCAUUAACAUUUGCAUUGAGCUGUAUGAUGUUUGAGUUGAUUAUCUUCGAAAUUCUUGAUCUACUGAAUCCACGAUCGCGUUAUAUCUAUUGGCAGACAGAACUGUAUGCAAUGCUCUUUCUAUUAGUCUUUCUUAUUCCAUUUUAUAUCGCUUAUUUAUUGUUGAAUACAAUUAAAAUUGUUCGAGACUUUCGUCUGGUUUUAGUUUUGACCAUUGUUGCCUGGUGUUUUUAUUUGUACAGUUUUUGGAAACUGGGAAAUCCAUUUCCAAUUUCAAAUCGACAAGAAUUCUUCAGUAUUGAAUUUUGUAUCAGUCGAGUAGGAAUCAUCGGUGUCACAGCAAUGGCAAUUCUCAGUGGCUUUGGUGCUGUCAAUUGUCCGUAUACGUACAUGACUUAUUUCAUUCGAUCUAUAACUGAUAAGGAUGUACGAGAUGCUCAAAAGCGUCUGAAACAAGUGAUGGAAAUGGUCGCUUCGAAGAAGAAACCAGCUCAUUCGAACAAUCCAUGGCAUAUUCUCCGUCGAACAUUUAAAUCUCGAUUUUCAUUACAAUUUACCGAUCAGAUCGCAUCAUCGUAUUCGAAUGAUAUUUCCAUAAUCAAACAAGAUAUUUCAACAUAUGAAGAAAUCUAUUCUCAGCUAUACAGUGAUUUUGUUGACCUACGAGCGUUGCAACAACGAAUUGAAUAUUCGAAGACUUUGAAAGGAAAAUAUUACCAUGUUCUUGGACAUUUCUUUUCAUUGUAUUGUAUAUGGAAGAUCGUCAUUUCAUUUAUAAACAUCAUUUUUAAUCGUGUAGGAAAAGUUGAUCCGGUGACAAAAGGUAUCGAGUUAACCGUACAUUACUUUGAUUGGGAAUUCGAUGUGAAAUUCUGGUCACAGUAUGUAUCGUUUAUCUUAAUCGGUAUCAUCGUUGUUACAAGUAUUCGUGGUUUAUUAAUCACGUUAACAAAGUUCUUUUAUUUCAUUUCAAGUAGUCGCUCAGCGAAUGUGAUAUUUUUGUGUCUUGCACAAUUAAUGGGAAUGUAUUUUAUAUCAUCGGUACUUCUUAUUCGAAUGAAUAUGCCUGCAGAAUAUCGGCAAAUUAUAUCUCAAGUUCUCGGCGAUUUACAGUUUAAUUUUUAUCAUCGCUGGUUUGAUUGUAUUUUUUUACUUUCGGCGUUAUUCAGUAUUGGCAUUCUUUAUUUACAUUAUCGUUCUUCUCAACAAUCACUUUCACUUUACGAUAAAACGAUUCAAAAGAUUUAUGAUUGA